CAUCUGUGCCCUUCACACAGUUAACCUACAAACCAUCGUCCAGUGUGCACCAAUUUGAAAUAGGCCUAAGCUCACUCUGGAGUCAACUUGAAAUCAUUCACUUAAAUCGAAUUUGAGCAACUCUCCAUUUUCGGAUUUAACUACAACCCCAAUGCUGCGGAAGAAAAACCACAGAAAAUCACUCACAACAAAGGAGCAAUGGAGACUGCGAAAAGAAAAGGCAAAAUAUGCUAAAUGUGACGAAACUGAUACCAGUGAGACCAGUGACCAUAUAUCCUGUGAAGAAACACAUAAAGCUUCAUUGAGAGUCUCACACAGCCAGCCUGAUCUCAGUUAUUCUGAGGAUGGCAGGGGAAGCCAAUGCCUUGCCAGCUCGCUGAUGUUUCUUGCCUACCUGCAAGAGGCAGGUGAAGUCGAUAGAAGAAAUCUUGAUGAUGUUAUGAGAAAAGGAGACCUAUUGUACCAUCGAAUGAGACACCAAUUGGAGGAAGAUGAGAGGUCCAUCAGUAAAAAUCUGAGUAUUGAUGACUUGCCUGAUACAGUUGACACAGACCAUGACCAUUACAGAGUAGUGAGAUCCAUUCCUAUGAGUGGACUCUUAGAGCAAGAUGCACCUCAAGAUCAGGAAGACUGUUUGAACCUCUCACUUCAUCUUGAAGGUCUUGGAACUGCAUAUUCACAGGCCUUGUUGAUGGUUGGCACUUUGUGCAUAAGUGUUUUCCAAGACAGACAUGGCCCAUUUGGAUUUUUCUAUCCACUCUCUCAAAAUGCCAAUGAAUCAUGCAGUGAGGAAAUGGAGGACGCUGUAGUGGUUACUUUCAACACAGUGACUGACCUGGCAAACGGAUUGGUGCAGUUCUGCACUUCAUUGGGCCUUGAUGCCAAUAAAGAGUACAAUCUUUUACCAGUCGUCUUUAUGUCUAUUAGAGCAAUAUCUGAAGAAGACCAUAUCAAGGCAGGAAGUGCAAUGGAGAGUAAACAGAAAAGUGUGGCGCAGAACUCUGCUUCACAGGUGUUGGUGUCAUCAAGCCUUGAGCUGAAAAUUAGAAGAGUUUCUGUGAGACUAACACGGCUACCGAAAAACUUGGAUGGACUAAAGGAUAGAAACGCGUUAGACAGUGUAUGGCCCACGACAGACACUGAAAGAGAAGGGCAUCUGCAUUCAUCAGAAAAAAAUCCAAGCCUGGAGAAAAUAAGAAGAGGUUCUGGUAAACUAACAAGGCGACAAGAAAAACUAAAAGAACUGAAGGAAAGAAACAAGUUAAAGGGAACACAGCACAAAACAGACGCUGAAAGAGAAGGACCUCUGUAUUCAUCGGAAAAGAAGUCUGCCUUCACAUCCCAAUAUAGGAAUGAUCCUGCUUUCAGGAGGGUAAAAUUACAAAGGAACAGGAAGAAUAAUCCUUCUCUCUAUAAGGCAAAAAAACAGCGCAAUAGAGAUCGUUACCGGCUUGAUGGUGAUUUCCGGGAGAAACAGAAACAGUACAGUAGGGAUCGUUACAAGAAUGAUCCAAUGGUCAGAGAGAAACAUAGGCAACGUUCCAAAGAAAUGUACCAGAAUAACCCUGUGUACAGGGAGAAACUAAAACAGCGUUCCAGAGACGUUUACCUGAAUGACCCUGUGCACAGAGAGAAACUAAAACAGCGUUCCAGAGACGUUUACCAGAAUGACCCUGUUUAUCGGUUGAAGCAGAAGGAAUAUGUGAGGUUGCGCUACCAACGUAAGGUCACUGAAAAGGCUUCUCAGAUCCUCAGUGGAGGCAGAAACGAAGAAUGUUAACUGACACUGCAUGCUACCGAAUUAGUAUUUUUUUCUGAAGUCAGUCAAACGUAAGACUUUUUAUUUUGUCAGUGUAUUAGAGAAAUCUGUUAUACAAAAUUCUCAGAUUAUGUGACCUAUUUCACCAGUAGACAUCUGUUAUGUUCAUGUGUGUUGAGGACAAUGUACUGCGAAUUGUUCUCUACCCUUGAAAUGCUGGAUCACUGAAUACAACAUUUUAGACAACACAACGUUAUUCUCAUAUAGACACUUCAAUGACUAUGAUACAAACAUUGUUACCUUUUAAAGUUUUUUUUUUUUUUGUUUUGAGUAAAAUAAUUUCAUGGACACUGAGUGGGAAAUAUUAGGGCCACAGAUUCAAGAAUGUGGUGUUUCAUUGUGUUUGAAUCCCUGUACUGUGAAACAUGCAAAAU